UUUGCAGAACAAACUGAAAACUACUGGUCAUAUAGGUCAUAUAGCAACUGAAACAGAAAUUGAAACGGUAAGCACUGCAUUUGCUUUACUUAGUCACGCAAGACCGCACACCAGAUUCAUCAACGAGCAGUCUCCAGCUGAUCAUGAGUGCUGUCAGGUCGUCUCUGUCGCGGGAGCAGGAGAGGCAGCUGAGCUCGCUGUUCGGCCAGGUGAAGCUGAGCCUCCUCUACAAAGCCAGCGUGCACGGCUACACCGCCGCUGCCUUCCACGGCAGGUGUGACCUGCAGGGCCCCACCGUGGUGGUGGCCUACAACCACGCAGGCUUUGUCUACGGCGCCUACACCAGCAGGGACUACGCCCAGAGCGGGCAGUACGUCGCGGACGAGCGCGCCUUCCUGUUCAGCUUCGGCGGCGAGCGGGCAGGGCGGAGCCCCCUGCGCUACACACCCAAGCUCCCUGAGCAGGCCUUCCAGGACGGGAACACCGGCCCCAACUUCGGAGCGCUGCUCUUCCUGAAGGACAACACGGCCGCCGUCGCCUGCACUCCCGGGGAGCUGUACAACUUCGCCCCGGUGGACGUGCACGGCGACGACCCGGCGCUGGAGGAAUGCGAGGUGUACAGGGUGGAGGAUCUCGGAGGCCUCCUGGAGAAACCUUGGAGAAAUGUCCUCUGGAAUUCUGAGAAGAGGAAGGAGUUGCUGGACUUUGUGAAGAGCUACAGGCCCAUGAUGAAGGGGGUUCAGCAGGCCCGGAUCCUGCUUGUUGGGCCGGUCGGGGUUGGGAAGUCUAGCUUCUUCAACUCCAUCAAUUCCAUCUUCCGGGGUCAUGUGACCAGCCAGGCCAUUGCAGGCAGUGCUGUCAAAAGUCUGACUUCCCAGUUCCGCAGCUACCGUGUGAAGGCUGGGAGGGAGGGCAAGCCCCUCCCCUUUGUGGUGUGUGACACCAUGGGAUUGGAGGCCGCCGCGGGGGAGGGGCUUCACUUGGAUGACAUCACAAGCAUCCUGCGAGGCCAUGUUGUGGACAGGUACCAGUUCAACACGACAGUGCCCCUGCAGCCAGACUCCUUGGGGUACCGUAAGAACCCCUCGCUCUGUGACAUGAUCCACUGUGUGGUCUACGUGCUGGACAGCACCAAGCUGAACCAAAUGACACCCAAACUGUGGGAGAAACUGACUGACAUCCGCCGCAAGGUCAACCUGCUGGGUGUUCCCCAGCUGGUGCUCAUGACCAAGGUGGACGAGGCGUGUCAUCACGUGGGCAUGGACCUGAAGCAGGUGUACAGCAGCCACUUCAUCGACAGGAAGGUGCAGGAGUUGGGGGUCUUCCUGGGGAUACCCAUAUCCUGCAUCAUCCCGGUGAAGAACUACAGCCAGGAGCUGGAGUUGGACCCCUCUACCGACCUCCUGCUGCUCAGUGCGGUCCAGCAGAUGCUCCGCUUCGCUGACAACUACUUCGACGACAUUUACCUGGGGGCGGACGAGGACUGCAGCGAAUAGCCCCCCCUCUACACACCAGGGGGAGGGGGAGCAGUGCGGAGAAUAGCCCCCCCUCUACACACCAGGGGGAGGGGGAGCAGUGCGGAGAAUAGCCCCCCCUCUACACACCAGGGGGAGGGGGAGCAGUGCGGAGAAUAGCCCCCCCUCUACACACCAGGGGGAGGGGGAGCAGUGCAGAGAAUAGCCCCCCUCUACACACCAGGGGGAGGAUGAGCAGCGCAGAGAAUAGCUCCCCUCUGUACAGUACUCUGUAGGUCAUUGACUGCUAUGACCCCCAAAGUGAAAGAUUUAUGUUAUUGUUAUUGUUGAAAUAUAACGGCAAGUUAUCCUUUAACCCCAAAAUGGCUCCUCCACACAGUUAACCUGCACUCUACACAUUAAAGUGCUUGUCCUGCUUUGCUUAAACCAGUGUCCAAUACGCUGUAUAUUUACCGUAAAAAAUGUUGGCACAGAUUUCUCAGAUGCAUGCUAAAUGCUGUCAGCUGCUCCGUAAGUGUGCCCUCAUUUUAUACAGAGGUCAAAUAAAUAAACAUCACACUCCACAA